AUGUUGUUUGAAGUUUUCAUACUGUUUCAUCUCUAUAUGCAGGGCCAAAGGGUCAUGCAAACAUGGGUACCAGUCGACAAAGUGGAGAUGCAGGCCUAUUUCGGUCUUCUCCUGUUGGCUGGUGUUUUCAAAUCCCGUGGAGAAAACACCCUGAGCCUCUGGGGAAUAGAUGGCAGAGACCUCUUCCCGGCAGUAAUGUCGAGGAAGAGGUUCAUCCUUAUAUCCAGGAUGCUCAGGUUUGAUGACCGUGAAACACGGGAGGCACGGUUUCAGCAGGACCAUGAUAAGUUGGGACCAAUCAGGGAGGUGUGGGACAUCUGGGUCUCUGCCUUGCAGAGGAUGUGGGCACCUCGCUCAGAGGUCUGCGUGGAUGAGAUGCUGAUUGGAUUUCGUGGGAGAUGUCCCUUCAUGCAAUACAUGCCUUCGAAGCCAGACAGAUAUGGAUUGAAGGUGUGGGCCCUUUGUGAGUGUGAGACAUCAUACUGUUGGAACCUGCAGUUUUAUCUGGGGAAACCUUCCCCAACAGCAAAACGUGAGGAGGGCCUGGGGAAGCGUGUGGUGAUGGAGUUGACGGAGGGCCUCACAGGAACUGUGACCACUAGGGCUGUCAAAAUUGCUCAAAAAUGACAUUCGAAUAUUCCGUCUAAAAAUAACUCAUAGGUUCGAACCAUUUGAAUAUUUUUUUCCGCAUUAUGUCCACAAGAGGGCAAACUAAUACAAGGAAACAUACUUGUAUAUGAAACAUAACUACCUGUAGGUAUUUUUAUUUCAACAUAAACGUCUUUGAAAAUAUUUACAUACCUACACAUUAAAACACAUAAAACAAUUAUCUAUAACAUUACGUUAUAAACGACCGCGGAAGCGCUGUGAAUAGUCUCCAAGCACUAGAGCGUAACCGGCUCGCGCCCUGCAGCGAUCGUUUUGGCGUCUGGUCUAUUUUCUGCGCGAGCUGUGAGCGAAUGUGUCAAGCCGGGUGACAGAGACAACAGCCGGGAGCAGAACCGCUUGUCGACCAGCGUGGAGAAAUGUGCGUCUGAUGCCAACGCCCAGUUGCAAAGAGGACAGCUGCGGUGGUGUUUUUUUUCCUCUCUCCACAAUCGAAUAUCAAUUUUCACAUUCGAAGGUCCAUUUUUUUUUCAAAUUCAAAUUUAAAUUCGAAUUUAGAAUAUUCAUUGACAGCCCUAGUGACCACCGACAAUUUUUUUUACCUCACAUGACCUGGGCCAGCAGCUGCUGAGGAGGGGGAUGGCUCUUGUCGGCACUCUCAAAAAGAGAAGGCAGGAGCUCCCAGCACAACUCCUGGACAUGAGGGCAAGGCAGGUGCUGUCUACCACCUUUGCUUUCACAAAAGACACAAUGAUUUGCUCCUACGUUCCAAAGGAGCGAAAGAUGGUGGUUCUCCUCAGCACCAAGCACCGGCAGCCAGUGGUGAGUGAGGCAGCACACCAAAAGCCACAGGUAAUCCUGGACUAUAACCGUUGCAAGGGAGCGGUGGAUAACUUGGACAAGGUUAUCGGCACCUAUACAUGCCGAAGACAGACGAGGAGGUGGCCUGUGACAGUGUUUUCCAGGAUCCUGGACAUCUCCACCUGGAACGGUUUCCUUGUGUGGACGGCCUUGAACCCAGGCUGGGAAAAAAAAAAAAAAUAUCGCAGGCGGCUCUUCAUUGUCACACUGGGAAAAGAGCUCAUCUAUCCUCAUAUGGCAAGGAGAACCCGGUUACCCCAGGCUGACAUGGCACGCAAGCGGGUGAUGGAGGCAAAGGCCUGGGCCGAGCAGCAACCACCAGCUCCACAACCAACUCCAGCUCCACAACCACCAGCUGUUGGCCUACAGCCACCCAUCCGGCAGACACGAGCUGCCGCCAAACAUGCACAUGCCGCUGCCGCUGCUGCUGCUGCUGCUGUGGUACAGACCAGGGGCCUCUGCAGGACCUGCCCCACAGCAAAGAGGGCAAAACCAGGGACCUCUUGCACUAGAUGCAAGAGGUUUGUAUGUAAGAGAUGCAUUCAGGCAAUAUACUGUUCAGAAUGCACCAUUUGAGCCUCUCCUGUCCUUCUCUCCUCCCCACUUUCAUUCCUCCCUAUCCCUCACACAAUAGUUAUGUCACACUGUUUUUUGUUGUUAUUGUUCUAUUGUUAUUGUUAUAUCUACUGUACUGUUCUUGUUCAGAAUUUAUUGUGUUUAUUGUUGUAAUUCAAAUACAAUAUUUUUCUUA